CGAGGUCGCGGCAUCGUCUCAGCCCGGGCGGAACAAGCGAGCCAGGCGCGCGCACGCAAGGCCGAGCGGAAAAGCCAGGAAACCAGCAGCGCCGGCCAUGGCAGCUCCGGAGCCGUGGUCCGCGUCCGAGGCGAGGCUCACCGGUGUCCACCCUGCACACACCCACCCGCACCACCAGGUCCAGCAGACGCCGUCUCACCAGCCGCAGCAGCCGCAGCAGCAGUAUGGAGAGGUGAACCAGCUGGGCGGCGUGUUCGUCAACGGCCGUCCGCUGCCCAACGCGGUGCGGCUGCGCAUCGUCGAGCUGGCGCAGCUCGGGGUGCGGCCGUGCGACAUAUCGCGGCAGCUGCGGGUCUCGCACGGAUGCGUCUCCAAGAUCCUGGCGAGGUUCCACGAGACCGGCUCCAUCCUGCCCGGCGCCAUCGGCGGAAGCAAGCCACGCGUCACCACGCCAAAGGUGGUGGCGUGCAUCCGGGAACUGAAGCGACGUGACCCCGGCAUCUUUGCGUGGGAGAUCCGAGACCGACUACUGUCCGAGGGCGUGUGCGACAAGGGAAACGUGCCGUCGGUGAGCAGCAUCAGCCGCAUACUGCGCAACAAGGUCACGCACGGGGUCACGGCCGCAGCCACGGCCACAGCCAGUCUCCAGGCAGCCCAGCUGAGCCGCUGGGCCCCCCCUCACCACCCACCCCCGCCUCCUCUUCUGGGCGCCUACCCGCACCCUCACAGCUACUACCUGCACGGCUACUACCUGCAAGGAGCUGCAGCCGCAGCCGCAGCCCAGCCUCUCUGACAAGCCGUCUCUUCUCGUCAUCUCACCCAGUCGCGUAGCUUCUAAAUGUUGGUCGCGACUCGCGAGGCUGCGUGCAACGCAAGGCUUUGCGCCAAGACUCUUGCAAGAUGCGACUAUAGGCUCCAAACAGCCCCUGACAGCGCUCCAACGUUGCGUCGCUUCCUAAGCCUAAUACCUCGUCGAGGGUACGUGUCAACGACAGCGCGGAGCUAUGUGUGCUUUGCGAGAAAACACCCACCUGCAAGGCGGAUCGGCCGUAAACUGAUUAUAGUACCCAGUGUGACUUCCUUUGCUGGUCACCGAUCACCACGAAUACACGGACUCUGGCAAUCACACCACCAGCCGACAACGGGCGCACAUCCGGAGCGAGACGCCAAGCUUUUUCACCGGAACAGUGGCCAAACAUCGGAGGUUGCUAUGGUGACGCGACGUGUGUCCCGCAUACAUCGGAUAAAGUCCGUGCAUGGUAGUGAAAAGGGCUGCGAACGCGAUCUCAUCUCAUAUCACAAGCUUCACUUAGCUUUGCAUGUAAAUUUUUUGCCGGAACUUCGUGAAUGGUUCCGAGCUAGAAGGGCUUAUCAUUUUAUUUCUGCCCGCGCGGAAUGCGACGGUAGCGCCGCCGCCCCUUUCGUGACGUCACGCUCUGUAAUUCGUCUAUUCAUAGUUUAUUUAAGACGAGGGCACGGACUAGAGGAUGUCGCCUCUGUCGAUCGACUGUAUAGAGAACCAUAUAUAUAAGGUAUACUAUUCUGGGCACUAAAAAGUACACCGUGUUGUCGAAUUCGGCCAUGUUGGCGCUUUGAGCCAAUCAGAGACGACGUGGCUGCCCCGUGAGCCAAUCAGAGAGCACAAGGUGGCGAAUGUGACAGCGUUUAGAAUACCAGCCAUGAUCUGCCUUUGAGAAGUGCCUGAUCGCAGACGAGGGAGUUGCGCAAUACCCCGCAUCAAAUUUAAAGCUGGCCCAAUUAUUCUACGGGCUCAAAUUUGCGCACAUACAUUACUGCGUGUAUUAAUGCGCGGAAUAUUUUAUGACCUCACCAGCGUAAUAUGCACGCGCGUGUCGUCCGCGUUUUGCAAACGAGACUGUGAAGCCAGUGAAUGGUGAUUUGCAUCGCAGGACAUGAGAGCCCCCGCUGAACGACAGAGACUCAAGGCGCGAAGCGAUGACAACAGUCAACGUUGUUACAACGAACGUCGUGUCUGUGUGUGCGUGUGUGCUUGUGCGUGUGUGUUUGUUAUAACACCGACGGAUCUCCUCGUGCACCAGCAGGGGAACUGCAUGGACAUCUGAACACGACACGGUGAACAAUUAUAAUGUACAAUCAAGCCUCUUAUUAUACGUAUAUGCUAUAUGGUGUACAUAGCUCACGAUCUGUUUAUGCGAGCUCGUGGCCGACGGUAUACACCGCAAGCGCCGUUUUCUGGCAACCAGUGGCAUUAUAUGGUAGUUCGUACAGCCGCCUUCACAAUCCGAACGACGAAGAUACUUUUUAGCAGCCUAACUUUAAGAAACGUGGGAUGUAAGGGGCAAAUAUCGAAUUGCUUGGAAAGAAAAGACGCAUUAAUUAAGCUAGCACGAUUCAACGCUCUAAAAACAAUACACCCGUAAGGGUGUUGCCUUGUCUCAUAGGUAACACCCCUGCCUUUAGGGCUAUAAAAAUUUAUUGCACAUGAAAACGAGCGUUAGCUACACGUGGGAUGAGAACAUAGACCGCUGAAAACUGCGUACUAAUUCUGACCACCUUGGGCGCAUAGAAAUAUCUGGAAAGAGAAUUCGACAGCGACAGCUUUGAAAGCUUAUUGAAUGCACUUUUUCCUGUCACAGCUGUCAUAUUUUUUAGUUGCCACAAAAGGUCGGCAGAGAUGUAAACUUUUUUUGGCCCUCACCAACAAUUAGAUUUCUGAAGUUGCGACACGGCGUACUCCUUUCGCGGUCCAUAUAGCGUAACGGCAAGCUAUCGAAUAUUGGUAUACCACCAAUUUCACCGAAUGCCAUUUCGUCGAAUGUCGUUUCGUCGAAAGAGCUUCGUCGAAGACACAUUUCAUCAAAUUGUGGGUGCCUUUAUAACGCUUUGGCACAUUUAACUAAUUUUCGAUAAAGGAAUUAUCGAUUGUUCCCAUUACAUAUUAUUUAAUACUAUCAAUACAGUGUUAUAAAACUUAUGACAGCGCAUGAAAUUUAGAUAUAUUUGGUGCACUAACCUCGAUUAAAAUUAUCCGAGGAUAUCGCCCAUAAAUAUACACACUACGAUGCUGCUUGGUGCCAAAGAGAAAUGUCGCCGGCGGAAAAAUGUUUAAUAUCACCACGAGUUUAUCCGUAUUGUGCAAAAACUGCAUCUCAUUACGAUUAUACUUUCUUUGCUUCAGCUUGGUCUGAGUAUCGGUUUUUUUUAGAAAUGACG